AUGAUGACACUACGUAGAAUUAGGAGAGCGUGGUUCAGUAGUGAUGUUAACAUAUCAAACCUUCUAAGAAAAAAAGCAAUUUUAUUUGAAAAUGUGAAGAGAGAAAAUUGUAAAAAAGAAUUAAUAUUAAAUUAUUUUAAUAUGAAAGGUGUAAAAUUGAAGAGUGGUGAUAUACACAUUAUGACCAAUAUCUUUUGCAGACCUACAGGAAGAAUUAUUGUUCUAAUUGAUGAUAUCAAAAAGCAAAAUUUCAAUUUUAAUUUUGAUACCCAUAACAGAAAGGAGCAUAACGCAGAUACCGAAAAUAUAGCGGAAUCAUGCAAUACGGAAAAAAAUGGCAUGGGUGAAAAUAACAACUCGUUGCAUGAUAGUAGUGAUGUGAUUAAUUCGGAAAAGAACAAAAAGACGUAUUGUCAAUUGAGCAGUAAAGAGGAUAAUAAGUUGUUUGUCCAAAAGGAUAACCAAACAGGGAGUGAAACUACAUCUAGUAAAAGGUGGAAUAUGCAAUUAAAAAAUAUGUUCAAAGAUUGUAAAAUUCAUUUAUGCGAUGACUAUGAAAUAGAAAAAUUUAUAGAAGAAUGUGAAAGGUUUUUAAGGUUUACAGAAGAUAUUAAAAGAAUAGCAAAAUUUGAAAAUUUAAAUAAAAUAGUAACUAUCAUAAAUAUUCCAAGCUGUUAUGGAAGAAAAGAAGUAGCACAAAUUAUUUUUGAUUGUGCUAAAAUUAAUGUUGAAUUAAAAAAUAUUAUUUUUAGGUUUAAAAAAAAUGGAAUACAAAGUGAUUGUGCUUAUGUCUUAUGCAAUAAUAUAAAUGAUGCAAAUAUUAUACUAAAUAAAAUGCAAGAAUAUCCAGUAGCUAAAAAAUAUCAUCUAAAAGAAUUCUUCGGUACAUGUUUUUUAUAUGCCUCCAAAAAUAACCUUUUUAUUAGUUCAGAUAAACUAGAUUAUAUUACAAUUUUUUCAAAGUAUAAAAUAUUUACGUGUGGAUGGCAUAAGGAUAUCUCAAUAAAGGAAUUUGAAAGCUUUUUAAUUACUCUCAAAAUUUUUCCGAAUAAAAUUAUUAAAAUUAAUUACAACACAAAAGUGAUUACAGAUGAUAUUCGUGAUUCCUUUGACUCGCAGCAAAGGGACGAAAAGGAUGGAAAAGGAAAUGGUAUAAAUGGUAUUGUACCUGAUAAGAUAAAAGCUAAUGAAGUAUCCCAUAAAAGGGGAAAUAACGUAGACAGUAACACAAGCAAUAAAUACCAACUGAGUCAUAUAGAUUACAAUCACAUUUUAAUAAACAUAGAAGAGUUUUGUUCUUCGAUGAGCAUAUAUGAUAAAUUAAACGAAGCUAACGAGUUGAAUACAUCAUCUUUCAUUUUAUUUUUUGAAAAUAUGAGGAUGACAAAAAAGGUGUUUACAAAAUUCGAAAGACUAAAAAAGAAAUGGAAAAUGUCAGCUACCAACAAUUUUUACGCAUACCCCAAAAUUCCGGAUAUUCAUUUUAACGACGACGAAAAUUACAAGGAUGAAAACGAUUAUGAAGACUCGGAUUUGGAUGAAGAAAUAGAAUAUUAA